AUGAAGAUACAAAAUAUUUACUAUUUUAUGUUGCUUCAGCUCAAUGCAUGUAGACGUCUCAGAUACUCAGAUAUCGAUGCUCAAGCUACUCCAUGGGACUUGUCAUCACUUGCCCUAACUGUAAAACUAUACAGAAAGGUGUUUCGCUCCGUUGGGUGGGGCCUUAAAUCAGACCAUCAGUCAACAGUACGAGAAACCGAACCACCCACUACAACAUUCAAUUCAAUACGAAAGCGAAAAAAGAAAAAGGAAAAAAAAACAAACACCGCAAAUAACCAGAGCCAGAAGGGAAGCAAAACCUCAGAUAAUAUCAUCAUCUUUAUAAAUACAAUUCCAUUAAUUCAUCACAGAUCGAAUCCCUGUUCGUUGUGUUUUAGAUCCUUUACGUUCUUGCAUGAGAUGAGUUCGAAUUCAAAGGAAACGGAUGGAGAUUCUUCAGCACCAAGGCGUAAUUCCAAGAAACCUAAAUAUUCUAGGUUUACACAGCAAGAACUUCCUGCUUGCAAGCCAAUCCUAACACCGGGAUGGGUUAUCGCAACUUUCAUAGUUGUUGGCAUUGUCUUCAUCCCAAUUGGCUUUGCUUCUUUGUUUGCAUCACAGCGUGUCGUGGAAAUUGUGGACCAUUAUGAUUCAGAUUGUGUUCCAGCAAACUUUAGCAACAAUAAACUCGGGUUCAUACAAAGCAGGGAAACUAACAAAACAUGCACCAGAAAUAUUAUUGUGCCGAAAAAAAUGAAAGGUCCAGUCUAUAUAUAUUAUCAACUCGAUAACUUCUACCAGAACCAUCGUCGCUAUGUUAAGAGCAGAAGUGACAAGCAAUUACGGAGCAAAGCAUAUGAGCGUGAUACAAGCACAUGCGACCCUGAAGGCACCCUUCCUCAUGAUAUACCAAUCGUUCCCUGUGGUCUCAUAGCUUGGAGCUUGUUCAAUGAUACUUAUGGGUUUUUUGUGGAUAACCAAUCUAUAGAUGUGAGUAAGAAAAACAUUGCUUGGAAAAGUGACAAAGACAAGAAGUUCGGGAAGGAUGUCUUUCCAAAAAAUUUCCAAAGUGGGAGCUUGAUCGGGGGCGCCAAACUUAAUAAGAGUAUACCCCUAAGUGAGCAAGAGGAUCUUAUUGUUUGGAUGCGUACUGCGGCGUUGCCAAAUUUCAGAAAACUGUACGGGAGAAUUGAGAGAGACCUUGAUGUUGAUACGAAGAUAACAGUUGUAAUACAAAACAACUACAAUACCUACAGUUUUGGCGGUAAAAAGAAAUUGGUUCUUUCAACAACAAGUUGGAUUGGUGGGAAAAAUGAUUUCCUUGGGAUAGCAUAUCUGACAGUUGGGAGUUUGUGCCUUUUCUUGGCAGUAUGUUUCAUCGUUGUGUAUGUAAUCAAGCCAAGGCCUCUAGGGGAUCCAUCCUUCUUAUCGUGGAACAGAAAUCCAUCGGGGCAUCCAAACUAGAACUGCAAAUCCUUGUCCAUUCCCCUGUGUUCUAGUCUAUGUGCGCGAAGUGGAAGGUCUCUUGUCAUGAAGUAGUCUCUGUCUGGCUGAGGUUUAUAAUGGUAUAUACUUGAAACUUCUAAUUGGAAUGUACUGAUAUAUAACAAGAAAAAAGAGAAAAAAGAAAAACAGAUUUCCAAUCACAAUUUAGAUAAAGCUGUUACUGGAGUAUGUGAAAAUAGUUGGCUCAUUAUAUUCGGUUUCUCAUCAUGAUGUAGUGAAAUUUAUAGCCAGAUGAUUCCACUGAAGCUUUCCUGUAUUAGUUUCUUGAUUCUAUCUUAAAUUCUAAAUAUCUGAGGAGAGAACCCUAAAAGAAAUAUAAAUUAUAGAUCCAAGCCUUUUCAUA